GCGUGUAUCUGUGUGUGAGGGAGGGAAGGGAGUGCGUGAAGGAGGGAGCGAAUGAGUGUGUGUCUCUGUGUAUGUGUGUGUCUGGUGGAGGGAGGGAGGCAGGGAGAGCGGCCGCCGCCGCCGCCGCCGGAUCGGUUUCUCGGGGUUUGACCAGCUGUCCCAGGCUAACCCUCUGCUCUCUGAAGAUGGAGGAAGUAAAAACAGGAUUACCCUUAGCUACGGCUCCUCCGCCGCCUUAGUCCCCCCACAGCCAACUGCCGUGCACAAACACACCUCCACUGGGCAGAGGGAGCCGACACUAAUAAACACACAAACAAAAGGGGGAUGGAACUGACUCACUGCCUGCGCGGCUGAGUAUGUGCCAUUCCUGAGCGAGUUUCCCCGUCGGCUCAUCCCGGGGCUUCCCGGCUCCCCGGCUCCGCAUGCCCCACCUCACUGCACUUUGACUAUGGAAGCAGAGGCUGUUGAUGGAUAUAUUACAUGUGACAAUGACUAUUCGCCUGAGAGGGAGCACUGCGGCAUGGCCAUCGACCUCACCUCUAGCACUCCCAAUGGGCAGCACACCUCCCCCUGUCACAUGGCAGGCACAAAUUCAGUAAAGCUAGAAAUGCAAAGUGAUGAGGAAUUUGACAGGAAGCCCCUGAUUCAUGAAGACAUUAUCAGAGCUCACGAUGGAGGAAGCAGCCUGGAAGAUCCCUUCAUUGGGAGUAACGAGAUGGUGGAUAACAGAAAGAUGCAGGAGCUAUCAAGCGAGGGAGGAAUCCGGCUUCCCAAUGGUAAACUGAAAUGUGACGUCUGUGGCAUGGUUUGCAUUGGGCCCAAUGUGCUAAUGGUACAUAAAAGGAGCCACACUGGUGAACGCCCCUUCCACUGUAACCAAUGUGGAGCUUCUUUUACCCAGAAGGGGAACCUGCUGAGGCACAUCAAGUUGCACUCUGGGGAGAAACCGUUCAAAUGUCCCUUCUGUAGCUACGCCUGCCGGCGGAGGGACGCCCUCACAGGACACCUCAGGACACACUCUGUGGGGAAGCCUCACAAGUGCAACUACUGCGGCCGGAGCUACAAGCAGCGCAGUUCUCUGGAGGAGCACAAGGAACGCUGCCACAACUACCUGCAGAAUGUCAGUCUGGAGGCUGCUGGGCAGGUCAUGAGUCACCAUGUACCUGCUCUGGAAGAUUGUAAGGAACAAGAGCCUGUGAUGGACAACAAUAUUUCUGUGGUGCCUUUUGAGAGACCUGCUGUUAUAGAGAAGCUGACAAGCAACAUGGGCAAACGUAAAAGCUCCACCCCACAGAAGUUUGUGGGUGAAAAGUUCAUGAGAUUUGGCUAUCCAGAUAUCCCCUUUGAUAUGAACCUAAGCUAUGACAAGGAGGCUGAGCUGAUGCAGUCUCACAUGAUGGACCAAGCCAUCACCAAUGCAAUCACCUACCUUGGAGCUGAGGCACUUCACCCCCUGAUGCAGCACACACCGAGCACAAUUGCAGAGGUGGCCCCGGUCAUCAGCUCAGCUUACGCUCAGGUCUAUCAUCCCAGCAGGAUAGAGAGGCCCAUCAGCAGGGAAACAGCUGACAGCCACGAGAACAACAUGGAUGGCCCCAUCUCCCUCAUCAGACCAAAGAGUCGAAUCCAGGAUAGAGAGGGCUCCCCCAGCAAUAGCUGCCUGGAUUCUACUGACUCAGACAGCAGCCACGACGACCGCCAGUCCUACCCAGGAAACGCUGCCUUAACCCCCAAGAUCAAGCCAAACCCGGCUUACGUGAAGGAGGAGGCCAAGCCUUUGGAUGUCACAAAAGCUUCUAAGGGCUCUUUAAAGGAUAUGUACAAGGUGAUCAACGGCGAAGGGGAGCAGAUUAGGGCUUUCAAGUGCGAGCACUGUCGCGUCCUCUUCCUGGACCAUGUCAUGUACACCAUCCACAUGGGCUGCCACGGCUACCGGGACCCGCUGGAAUGCAACAUCUGUGGCUACCGGAGCCAGGACCGCUAUGAGUUCUCGUCGCACAUAGUCCGGGGGGAGCACACAUUCCGCUAGGCCUUCUCAUCCAAAGGGGACUCCUAUGAAGUACAAGAACUGCACAUGAAGAAAUACUGCACUUACAAUCCCACUUUUCCUCAGACAUUGAGACGCCUAUUUUGUUGUUGUUGCUGUUGUCGUUGUUGCCGUUGUUUAAUUAUUAUUAUUAACCUUAUUUUUUGUGGACCCAACCUCAUUUGCUCUGCCCAGCUUAAGAAUGGAGAGAAGGAAGGGAAUGGAUAAAAAGAGAGGUUUGUUGUGGCAAUCGGUUUUUGGGGAGUGAGCCGCCUUGCUUGCUGUGGGAAUUGGAAGGCAGUCUGUGUCCGUCUCAGUCAGUUGUACACCAUGUCCUCUUUUGGGAUGUCGCUCAACCAUGCCAGGUGCUUUCAAGUCCCAACAAGAUGCCACUCAUUCGGAAUUUCAGAGGAAUAGGUAGAAACAUUUCAGAGGAGAGCCUUUUUCUAAUGUGAAGAUACGGUGCGAGCUUUCGGUGGCUGGAGGAAAGGGGGGGAGCUUUGUUCUGCAGAAUGAACAAUUAUUUUUAAAGCAAAACUGGUAGGGAGUUAGGAGCAUGAAUCAAAGUCAAUAUUCCUCUCAAAAUUACUUUCAAGGGUGAGCUGUUUUCCUGGGUUCAGUGUGUAUUGCCCCUCUAGGAUGUAAAUAAUGAAAAAAAAAAAGAAA